AUGUCACUAGACACAGUGUGUGUGAAGAUGGAGCCCGGAGAGGUGUGUGUGAAGACAGAGCCCGGAGAGGUGCGUGUGAAGGAGGAGCGGGAGUCUGAGGACAGCAUGUUGCGAGGAGUGAGCGCGGCGGCCGCACGGGACGGACUGUAUACCGACCAUGAGAUCAAGGACGAGCUCGUGCUGGGCCCUGAGGAGUGGCAUCGUCCUAAAGUGCGCCCUUUACAAGUGUGUUCGGCCAGCAGCGCCGCCCUCGCCAGGGAACAGCUCGCGAUGGCUUGUUCCGUGGUGCUCGAGCGCCUCCGCGACGACGCGACUGUUCACAGUGGAGGCAAACCAUACUACUGCGAACACUGUGGCAAGCAUUUCAUGAACAAGUCUGUUUUACGAGAACACGUUCAACACACCCAUUCAUUGACCGGACAGAAACCAUUUGCUUGUGAUUUUUGUAGUUCUACGUUUCGCACUGAAUUGCUUGUAAAAGAACACGAGAAAAGCGAACACGGUAUUACAAAUUUCAUGUGUGCUGAAUGCGAGUAUACAACAAGUUCUAAGAAAAGUUUGGAGACUCAUUUAAAGAGUCACUCUUUAGAUAAUAAUUUUAAUUCAAAUCACUGUAGUUACACAAGUUCAUGUAAAAGUAAUUUAAAUAAACAGCAGACAACGCACAUUGCUGGAAAACCUUUUAAGUGUAGCGACUGUGAUUUUAAAUGCAGUGUUGAAUCAAACCUGCGACGUCACCAGAAGACGCACAACCGAAGGGGCCAGAGAUUACUCACUGGAAAACAGCCUUACAAAUGUAGUCAUUGCGACUACAAAUGCAAUGACAGGUCAAACAUACGAAUACAUGUAUUGAAUCAUACUGGCGAGAAGCCAUUUCAGUGUAGCCACUGUGAUUACAAAUGCAGUUGGAAGUCACAAUUACAACAACACCUGAUGACACAUACUGGAGCAAAGCCAUUUCACUGUAGCCACUGUGAUUACAAAUGCAGCCAGAAGUCACAAUUACAACAACACCUGACGAUACAUACUGGGGCGAAGCCAUUUCAGUGUAGCCACUGUGACUCCAAAUUCAGUCGUAAGUCACACUUACAACAACACCUGAUGAUACAUACUGGGGCGAAUCCAUUUCAGUGUAGCCACUGUGAUUACAAAUGCAGACAGAAGUCACAAUUACAACAACACCUGAUGAGACAUACUGGGGUGAAGCCAUUUCAGUGUAGCCACUGUGAUUACAAAUGCAGUCGGAAGUCAGACUUACAAAGACACCUACUGAAACGUACUGAGGUGAAGCCAUUUCAGUGUAGUCACUGUGAUUACAAAUGCAGUUGGAAGUCAGAAUUACAAAAACACCUGAUGACACAUACUGGAGCAAAGCCAUUUCACUGUAGCCACUGUGAUUACAAAUGCAGUCGGAAGUCACACUUACUAGAACACCUAAUGAGACAUACUGGGGCGAAGCCAUUUCAGUGUAGCCACUGUGAUUACAAAUGCAGUCAGAAGUCACACCUACAACAACACCUGAUGAAACAUACUGGGGCGAAGCCAUUUCAAUGUAGUCACUGCGAUUACAAAUGCGCACAGAAAUCAAAAUUGCGAAGACACCAGAGGAUACACAAUGGAGAAAAGCCUUACAAGUGUAGUAAUUGUGACUACAGGUGCAGAGACAUUUCAACCUUACGGAGUCAUGAAAGGACACAUACUGGGGCAAAGCCUUUUCAGUGUAGCUACUGUAAUUACAAAUGCAGUCAGAAGUCAAACUUACAACGACACCUGAGGAUACAUACUGGGGCGAAGCCAUUUCAGUGUAGCCACUGUGAUUACAAAUUCAGUCAGAAAUCAAACUUACAACAACACCUAAUGAUACAUACUGAGGCGAAGCCAUUUCAGUGUAGCCACUGUGAAUACAAAUGCAUUCAGAGAUCAUACAUACAAACACACCUGAUGAUACAUACUGGGGCGAAGCCAUUUAAGUGUAACGAUUGCGAAUACAGCUGCAAGCAAAAAGGAACUUUGUUAACACACCAGAGGAUUCACACUGGAGAGAAGCCGUACACAUGUAGUCAUUGCGAUUACAAAUGCAGUCAAAGGUCAACCUUACGAGAACACGAAAGAACACAUACUGGCGAUAAGCCAUUUCACUGUAGCCACUGUGAUUACAAAUGCAGUCAUAAAAAAAGCCUUGUAGUUCACCAAAGAAUACACACCGGAGAGAAGCCGUACGCAUGUAGUCAUUGCGACUACAAGUGCAGUAAUAGUUCAUCCUUACGAAGGCAUGAAAGGACACAUACUGGUGAGACGCCAUUGAAAUGUAGCGAUUGUGACUACAAAUGCAGUUUGAAAUCACAGUUAAUAAGGCAUCAGACGGUGCAUACUAUGGCAUAACAAUGUGACUAGGGAAUGCAAAACGCAAUAUAUGCAUAUAUAUGCAAUUUGUGGGAUUAAUCCCGCUCGUAAAUUAAGCGGGAUACAUAGUUUUUGCGUGUUCGUUGUUACUACAAGUAACAACGGCGCGGGCGCGCACUAACUGGCGAGAUUUCUGUUCGGAGCCGAGGUGCGUCUGUGGAUUAGGGAAUUAAGGCCACGGAAGAGAAAUUCGCCCGAACUUGUCUGUUAUUUUUCCUAUAGUUUGAACUUGUGAUUACAACGUUACGCAACAAUUUGUGCAUUGAGCAACGUUUUGAUUGAGUUUUCAAAAGUACCUAAACAUUUAUUUAUAUGAAGAGAAGUAUUUUUGCUUGUAAACAUUGUAAAUUAUGUCGGAGACGGUGUAUAAAAAGUUUCCUAGUACCGACUGGGAAGGUACUUGGAAAUCUUGGAAUAUAAAUAUGCGUGGAAGUAUUUUUGGAAGAUUCGCAAAGUAGGCCAGUCAAAUUAGAUUGUUUCCUGGAAUUAAUUCCCAACAAGCUGGAAAUCGUCUUAAUACCUUCAUUUGGUACUAAAUUAGUGUAAUUCGAGUUUGCUCCAUUCCAGGAGGUGUGGAUACAUUUUGGGAGCCUUGGGAGAUACACUUUACCUUGGAUUGACAAAACCACACGAUGUACAAGGAUCUAGGACCAAAUGGAGGUAUUAAAAUGAUUGCCAGCUUGCUGGGAAUUAAUUCCUCAAAACGCUUUUAUCUAAUUUGGCUAGCGUAGAGUGCUAAAUGCGAGUUGUGUAAAGCAAUAAUAAAACUAUGGGACGUAUUUUAUACUACUAAUAGUUUUGUAAUUUUUAAGAACUUAAAUAGAAGUUUUAUAAAAAUUAUAAAUUUUGUUUAAUAUUUGCUUUAAUAAACCUUGAAAUUAAAUACCGAUAAAACCAUUACUAACUUGCUGGGAUGGGAAGUAACUACCGGGAUCCAGCGGGACUGAGAACUAGAAUCCCGCUGAAUACCGAGAUCGAAUUCCUCAUGCAGGAUUGGACUCCCUAAAUGUGGCAUGUGCCACUAAAAGUGUCUCUAAAGAAACAUUCUAGAGAGAAGCGGUACAAAUGUAGUCUUUGCGAGUAAAGGGAGAAAAUAUACAUCAAAGAAUACACACUUAU